GGAAUGUUGGCAAAGGAGAAGGACACCAAAGGGCGACAUAAAAUAGUAAAUGUAUGCAAGGGAGCAGGAAGGGACUUGACAAGAAGAAACUUUCUGAUUUUAUAUUUUUCACCACCAGAACCAGACAGCUUUCUGCUCAGCCAUGACUGUGUGUCUGUGCCUUAGUCCAUCCUCUGGGCAGCGGUGGCGGCGGUGACCCCGGCCAGGACUGACUUGGAGAGCGGCCACCCAAGAGUCGAUGGCUGGCAUGUCUCGACGACCGCCCAGCAUGUACUGGUGUGUGGGGCCAGAGGGCUCAGCUGUGUGUCCGGAACGUGCCAUGGAGACCCGUAAUGGUGCUGAGGACAUGGGCAGCAAACCGUCCACACCAGGCGGUGACCCCACAGCACAGUGCCCCAGGACAGAAGGCAUUCAUGCUGCAUACAAGCAAGGAGACCCCAGCAGGGCCCGGCACCUGCUCCGAGAGGCUUGUGAUGAAAGCACAUCCCAGCUGGAGAAGGGCCAGCUUCUGAGCAUCUCGGCGGCCUACGGUGACCUGGAGACUGUCCGGUACCUUCUCACUGAGAGACGGGUGGAGCUGCCCACCGAGCCCACCGAUGACAAUCCAGCUGUGGUGGCGGCUCAUUUUGGGCAUACUGACGUCGUGCAGGAGUUGCUCGAAUCUUUGCCAGGUCCCUGCAGCCCCCAGCGGCUGCUGAACUGGAUGCUGGCUUUGGCUUGCCAGCGAGGGCACCUGGGGUUGGUGAAGCUCCUCGUCCUGACCCAUGGGGCCGACCCAGAAAGCUACGCAGUCAGGAAGAACGAGUUUCCUGUCAUCGUGCGCUUACCGCUGUAUGCAGCCAUCAAGUCAGGAAAUGAAGACAUCGCCAUAUUCCUGCUUCGGCACGGGGCUUUUUUCUGUUCCUACAUCUUACUGGACAGUCCUGACCCCAGCAAACAUCUCCUCAGGAAGUAUUUCAUCGAAGCUAGUGCCUUGUCCAGCAGCUGUCCAGGGAAAAUGGCUCUCCGUGUGAAGUGGGCCCACCUCAAGCUGCCCUGGGUAGAUCUCGACUGGCUCAUAGACAUCUCCUGCCAGAUCACGGAGCUGGACCUUUCUGCCAACUGCCUGGCUUCCCUCCCCUCCGUCAUCCCCUGGGGACUCAUCAACCUCCGGAAGCUGAACCUCUCCAAGAACCACCUGGGGGAGCUGCCUGCCGUGCAGUCAUCGGACGAAAUCAUCUGCUCCAGGCUCCUCGAGAUUGACAUUUCCAGCAACAAAUUACCGUACCUCCCGCCGGGAUUCCUGCACCUCUCCAAACUCCAAAAACUGACAGCUUCCAAAAACUACUUAGAGAAACUGUUUGAAGAAGAAGGUGCCACUAACUGGAUCGGUUUGCGGAAGCUGCAGGAACUCGAUAUUUCUGACAAUAAAUUGACGGAACUCCCUGCACUUUUCCUCCACUGCUUCAAGUCCCUCAGUUUUCUGAACGUCUCCAGAAAUAACCUGAAGGUGUUUCCAGACGCCUGGGCCUGCCCUUUGAAAUGUUGUAAAGCAUCCAGAAAUGCCCUGGAAUCUCUACCGGACAAGAUGGCUGUCUUCUGGAAAAACCACCUGCGGGAUGUGGAUUUCUCAGAAAAUGCUCUCAAGGAAGUUCCCCUGGGGCUUUUCCAGCUUGACGCCCUCAUGUUCCUGAGGUUACAGGGAAACCAGCUCGUGGCACUGCCACCUCAAGAGAAGUGGACCUGCAGGCAACUCAAAACCCUGGAUCUUUCCAGAAACCAAUUUGGCAAAAAUGAAGACGGACUGAAAACAAAGCGUAUUUCCUUUUUCACCACCAGAGGGCGCCAGCGUUCUGGGACCGAGACAGCGGGGGUGCUGGAAUUUCCAGCCUUCCUAAGUGAGUGUUUGGAAGUCCUUUGUCUGAACGACAAUCACCUGGACGCCAUCCCUCCUUCGGUUUGCCUCCUGAAGAGUUUAUCAGAGCUCUACCUGGGAAACAAUCCUGGCCUCCGUGAGCUCCCGGCGGAGCUGGGGCAGCUGAGCAACCUCUGGCAGUUGGACAUCGAAGACCUGAACAUCACCAACGUGCCCGCGGAGAUCAAAAAAGAAGGCCCCAAAGCGAUGCUGUCUUACCUGCGCGCUCAGCUACGGAAAGCAGAGAAGUGCAAGCUGAUGAAAAUGAUCAUCGUGGGUCCUCCGCGCCAGGGCAAGUCCACCCUCCUGGAGAUCUUACAGACGGGGAGGGCCCCCCAGGUGGUGCACAGCGAGGCCACCAUCAGGACCACCAAGUGGGAGCUCCAGAGGCCAGCUGGCUCAAGAGCCAAGGUGGAGUCUGUGGAAUUCACUGUCUGGGACAUUGGUGGCCCCGCGAGCAUGGCCACCGUCAACCAGUGCUUCUUCACAGACAAGGCCCUGUAUGUGGUGGUCUGGAACUUGGCUCUGGGCGAGGAGGCCGUGGCCAGCCUCCAGUUCUGGCUGCUCAACAUCGAGGCCAAGGCCCCAAACGCAGUGGUGCUGGUGGUCGGGACGCACCUGGACUUGAUCGAAACCAAAUUCCGAGUGGAGAGAAUCGCAACGCUGCGCGCCUACGUGCUGGCACUAUGCCGCUCACCCUCCGGGUCCCGGGCCACAGGCUUCCCCGACAUCACCUUCAAACACUUGCACGAGCUCUCCUGUAAGAGUCUGGAAGGCCACGAGGGGCUGCGGCAGCUGAUUUUCCAUGUCACGUGCAACAUGAAGGACGUGGGCAGCACCAUCGGCUGUCAGAGACUUGCGGGGAGGCUGAUCCCCAGAAGCUACCUGAGCCUCCGGGAGGCCAUGCUGGCCGAGCAGCAGCGCCGCAGCCUGGGCGACGACGUGCAGUACCUGACGGACCGGCAGCUGGAGCAGCUGGUAGAGCAGAUGCCCGACAAGGACAUCAAGGACUACGAGGACCUGCAGUCCGCCAUCAGCUUCCUCAUAGAAACCGGCACCCUGCUCCACUUCCCGGACACCAGCCACGGCCUGAGGAACCUCUACUUCCUUGACCCCAUCUGGCUGUCCGAAUGUCUGCAGAGGAUUUUCAACAUCAAGGGCUCCCGGUCGGUGGCCAAGAACGGGGUGAUCCGGGCAGAAGACCUCAGGAUGCUGCUGGUGGGGACCGGCUUCACACAGCAGACAGAGGAACAGUAUUUCCAGUUCCUGGCCAAGUUUGAGAUCGCCCUGCCUGUGGCCAACGACAGCUACCUUCUGCCACACCUCCUUCCAUCCAAACCCGGCCUGGACACUCACGGCAUGCGGCACCCCAAGGCCAACACCAUUCAGAGAGUGUUUAAGAUGAGUUUUGUUCCCGUCGGCUUCUGGCAAAGGUUUAUAGCACGGAUGUUGAUCAGCCUAGCGGAGAUGGACCUGCAGCUCUUCGAAAACAGGAAGAAUACUAAAAGCAGACACAGGAAAGUCACCAUUUAUAGUUUUACAGGAAGCCAGAGAAAUCGCUGCAGCACAUUCAGAGUGAAAAGAAAUCAGACCAUAUAUUGGCAGGAAGGGCUCCUGGUCACUUUUGAUGGGGGCUACCUCAGCGUGGAAUCAUCCGAUGUGAACUGGAAAAAGAAGAAAAGCGGAGGAAUAAAAAUCAUUUGCCAGUCAGAAGUGAGGGACUUCUCUGCCAUGGCGUUUAUCACAGACCAUGUCAACUCCCUGAUCGAUCAGUGGUUUCCCGCCCUGACAGCCACAGAGAGUGAUGGGACCCCGCUCAUGGAACAGUAUGUCCCCUGCCCGGUGUGUGAGACCUCCUGGGCCCAGCACACGGACCCGAGUGAGAAGGCGGAGGGUGUGCAGUACUUUGACAUGGAAGACUGCGUGCUCACGGCCAUUGAGCAGGACUUCAUCUCCUGCCCCAGACACCCCGACCUGCCCGUGCCUCUCCAGGAGCUGGUCCCCGAGCUGUUCAUGACCGACUUCCCGGCCAGACUCUUCCUGGAGAACAGCAAGCUGGAGCACAGCGAGGACGACAGCAGUGUCCUGGGCCAGGGCGGGAGCGGUACUGUCAUCUACCGGGCCCGGUACCAAGGCCAGCCUGUGGCGGUGAAACGGUUCCAGAUCAAGAAAUUCAAGAACUUGGCCAAUGCCCCAGCGGACACCAUGCUGCGGCACCUGCGGGCCACCGAUGCCAUGAAGAACUUCUCGGAGUUCCGGCAGGAGGCCAGCAUGCUGCACGCCCUGCAGCACCCCUGCAUCGUGUCGCUCAUCGGCAUCAGCAUCCACCCGCUCUGCUUCGCCCUGGAGCUCGCCCCGCUCGGCAGCCUCAACACCGUGCUGUCGGAGAACGCCAAAGAUUCUUCCUUUAUGCCCCUGGGACACAUGCUCACCCAGAAAAUAGCCUACCAGAUCGCAUCCGGCCUAGCCUACCUGCACAAGAAGAAUAUCAUCUUCUGUGACCUGAAGUCGGACAACAUUCUGGUCUGGUCUCUGGACGUCAAGGACCACAUCAACAUCAAGCUGUCAGACUACGGGAUCUCACGACAGUCAUUUCACGAGGGUGCCCUCGGCGUGGAGGGCACCCCCGGCUACCAGGCCCCAGAGAUCAGGCCUCGCAUCGUGUAUGACGAGAAGGUAGACAUGUUCUCCUAUGGAAUGGUGCUCUACGAGUUGCUGUCGGGACAACGGCCAGCACUGGGCCACCACCAGCUUCAGAUUGCCAAGAAGCUGUCCAAGGGCAUCCGCCCUGUCCUGGGGCAGCCAGAGGAAGUCCAGUUCCAUCGGCUCCAGGCGCUCAUGAUGGAGUGCUGGGACACGAAGCCUGAGAAGCGACCGCUGGCCCUGUCGGUGGUGAGCCAGAUGAAGGACCCAACUUUUGCCACGUUCAUGUACCAGCUACCCUGUGGGAAGCAGACAUCCUUCUUCUCCUCCCAAGGCCAGGAGUACAUGGUGGUGUUCUGGGACGGGAAAGAGGAGUCCAGGAACUACACGGUGGUGAACACGGAGAAGGGCCUUAUGGAAGUACAGAGGAUGAGCUGUGCGGGAAUGAAGCUGAGCUGCCAGCUCAAGGUCCAGAACUCUCUGUGGACGGCCACCGAGGACCAGAAGAUCUACAUCUAUAGCCUCAAGGGCAUGUGCCCCUUAAACACACCCCAACGGGCUUUGGACACCCCGGCGGUCGUCACCUGCUUGUUGGCAGUGCCUGUUAUUAAAAAGAAUUCCUACCUGGUGCUGGCAGGCCUGGAUGACGGGCUUGUGGCAGUGUUUCCUGUGGUGCGGGGUGCCCCGGACAACAGCUGCUCCUACCUGUGCUCACACACGGCCAACAGGUCCAAGUUCAGCAUCCCAGAUGAAGACACGCGGCAGAACCCCUACCCCGUGAAGGCCAUGGAGGUGGUCAACAGCGGUUCCGAGGUCUGGUACAGCAACGGGCCAGGCCUACUGGUCAUUGACUGUGCGGCCCUGGAGAUCAGCAGGAGGCUGGAGCCCUACUUGGCCCCUUCGGUGGUCACCUCGGUCGUGUGCAGCUCCGAGUGCCGUGGGGAGGAGGUCGUCUGGUGCCUGGAUGACAGGGCCAACUCGCUGGUGAUGUACCAUGCGGCCACCUACCAGCUGUGUGCCUGGUACUUCUGUGGGGACCCCAGCCCGCUCAGAGACAUGUUUCCAGUGCGCCCUCUGGGUCCGGAGUCCCCGGGCAGCCACGCAGCCGGCUCCAAAGAGCCCGAGGGGGACUCCAUCGCGGACGUGAGCAUCAUGUACAGCGAGGAGCUAGGCACACAGAUCCUGACGCACCAGGACUCACUGACUGACUACUGCUCCAUGUCCUCCUACUCCUCAUCCUCUCCCCACCGGGCCCCCGCAUCCUCCUCCAGCCUGCCCUGCUCUCCGGCCAGCUCUUCCAGCGUGCCUUUCUCCACCGACUGUGAGGACUCCGACCGGCUGCAUGAGCCCGCCGCGGGCUCCGACAGGUCUGAGCACGACCUGACGCCCGUGGACGGGGACGCCUUCAGCCAGCACCUGCAGGCCGUGAGGAUCCUAGCCGUGAAAGACGUCAUCUGGGUCCCCAGGCGCGGCGGCGAUGUCAUUGUCAUAGGCCUGGAGAAGGACGCCGGGGGCCAGCGGGGCCGCGUCCUCGCCGUCUUAAAAGCCCGGGAGCUGACUCCGCACGGGGUGCUUGUGGAUGCAGCUGUGGUGGCAAAGGACACAGUCGUGUGUGGCUUCGAGAACGAAAACACGGAGUGGUGCCUCGCUGUCUGGAGGGGCUGGGGCACCAGGGAGUUUGACAUUUUCUACCAGUCCUAUGAGGAGCUGGGCAGGCUGGAGGCUUGCACGCGGAAGAGGAGGUGAUUCCUAUGGAAUGACAGUCAUGGAGACCUGGCUGCCCUGGGCCACCCCUCCACCUGCCGCCUGCUGCCCCCUGAGGACCCAGAAGACCCUGAAACAUUUGCUGCUAGAAGUGCUGAGGAGUCACCACCUUGGCCGUGGUCUGGGGGGCUCCCCGGUUCUCCAGGGCAGAGCUAGCUGCCUACCUCCAUUCUCCCAUUACGGGUUUUACAACCCAAGAGAAGACGGUGGGGCCUGGUUGGGAGCCACUGCCCCUGCUUCCUCCCUGGAAGUCCAGGAGCGGGGGAGGGGGGCCAGGCUCCGGCCUGGGUCACACAAAGCAGGGCUGGGUCUUCCCAGUCCCUCCCCAGGUCUCAGAUGGAAUUACACUAGAUGCUCUCAGCUGGGGAGCAGUUUGGGGCAGGGGCGGGAGGGUGCCGUGACCUCUGCCCCUUCCCCCAGUGGUCUCCAGGCUCUCAGCCCAUUUCACAAGUCCCUGGGGCCCUGGGGCCCCACUUGGGCAAGCUGAGAUCAGAUGUCUCCUGCUCAGGAAAGUCUCUGUGUGAGAAGCCCUCAGAAGGACGUCGGGGAGGAGCACUGCCCAAUCUGGGGGAUGAAUGAGUUCAUUUAAGUGACACAGCCAGAAAGCCAAGAGCUCGAGCAGGGCCCAGAGCACCCACUCGGCCCCUACAUUCUUCUCCUGCCGACAAAAGGCCGGGGAAACUCAAUCAGUGGGACUUAAGAAAGGGCCGUGUGUUUAUAGCUUCAUAAAGUAAACUCGGACGCAGCUGGAGCACAAGCCCUGUUUGUUUGCACGUAAUAGUCUUGUUUAUCACUUUAACAAAUUAAGUAAUAGCUCGGUGGUUAGGCUCCGGUUGUAAAAUCACUUCGUUCGGAGCUUCCACCAAAUUAGGCGUUGGCUCAGCAUUGACGGCAGUCAUGGACAGCGAAGUCCAAGGAGCAAAAUGGUUAAUGGGGGAUUUAUGGGUCUGAGAGCCACCGUUUGUAUAAAUUAAUGCACACACAUGUGCCCACGGAUCAUGUGGCUCCCGAAAGUAAUCAUCGGAGGCCACUGGACCCGGAACGGUGGUGUGAACGUGAGCUCAUCCUCUGGUUCAAGUUGUAGACCUUUUUCUAAAAUUAAGUUAUGCAGAUCAGACUUAAGAUUGGCUGGGAUAUGUGGGCAAAGGUGGUUCCUUUUAUUUGAAAAUAAACCAGUUCUCUUGA